CAUAUCUUCGUGCUUAAAAUAGAUUUGUUAUUGUCAAUUUUGUGGGAGUUUCCCUAGUUCAAAGAUCUAUAAAAAAGUCUGUCCCGGGAUCACAUGUAUAUUUUUCGUAAGAAACGCCAACCUACUCGCGAUGCAAAACGAAAACAUUUGGCAAAAUUUAAAUGCAGCAAUGUUUUCUGCUUGUGACGGAAGACUUCAACAACCAAGUUUAAAUCCCCUCCUCUCAUCUAGCUUUAAUCACGGCCCUGGCAAAGAAGUAAGUACAACAUAAACGUUUCCUUAAAAGUUCAGAGUCUAUCGUCACGAAGACCAUUCUGUAGACACUGGUUGGAAGAAACUUUCCCGAGACUGUCUCUCUCGCAAAAGUAGACAAUUAGAAGAAAAUAGUACGGUAUUAUAAGUUCAAUCUUUGAUGAAAUAAUUUUAGAGAACGUUUCAUAUUGGGAAUUCAGUAAUUUCCGAAUCGAUUGUGGUGCGUAAAUUAACUAGCUCGCUAGCUCGCAAUGUAACCUUGUCCUCUCAGCCCAACGUGAUUGUAGUACAGGAAAAUUUUGAUACGGACGAUUUAGAUACGUAUUCACCUGUGAAAAUAAUUAAACCCUCAUAAGCUCAACUCAGCUUGUGUGGGAGGACAAUUGUUGUCAAGAGGUGGCAAUUUCUUAGAAUUGUCCUGCCUAUAAUUUUUAGGAAAAGAAUAAAUUUUAAAGGAUACGCCUGGCUCCUGUUUAUAUCGGAUCAUUGCGUAUUUGACGCCUUUGGCAUACGGUCCACUAACUUUACCGUUCGCUGGCAUUGACAUUUUUCCGUCUUUAAAUUGUUCUUCAAAUGUAUCUUUUUUUCCCUUCUUUAGUCGUCGUUCUACACUGGUAUGAUAGAAAGAAGGCAAGAAAUGGAUGCUUUUGAAAGUCCUUGUGCUAUGAUAAAAGAGGGUCUCAAAAGAAAAAUCACCCAAAAGCAUUUGGAAAAUGGUACAACGUUACCGAAAAUAGAAGAGAAGAAGAGGCAGCCAGCACCACCGGUAUGUGCUGUAACAACUACUAAAUUAUAAAUUAUUGUUGGGGAAAACCGAAAGACAGCUUUUUUUUUUACAAUGAGCAACGUUUUGUGUUUGUACCAAGACAAACGAGCGAUGACGACAUAUAUUCUAUUCCACGAGGAUCUCAGAAAUCUGUCAAAGAAGGCGCGACGUAUGAACAAUUUUAAUCAAUCAUUCUGAAUAUAACCAGUUAAAAGCUUACUUUAUUUUCAAUUCACAUAAAUGCUGUCGCUGUGUAAACUAAAGUCCCCCUCUCUUAAUACCGUUUAGAUAUCGAUGGAGAUAUGUUUAUUAUACAAACUACAUGUACCGCAAUAGUUUUCUUCUUAAUAGUAAAAACAGUUUUCCUCCCAGUGACCCUGACGUUUUUUACGAAAAUGAAAUAUCUCGGAAACUGAAAUGGUCUGUGGUUCAUUGUGAGGUAUAGAGAAACUGCUCGUGAAAGAAGUGUGACAAGACUUAAUUUCAGUUUUGAAUAUGUAUUUAAGGUGUCUUCCUUUCAUCCAUUUCGUUUUCAGUUUUAAGGGAGUAAAAAUUUUUCAAGCAGCUCAUUAUUUUCCCUUAUUGGAAAAACGUUGUUUUUAAGCGAUUGCGCGCCGGAUUGGCAGAACUUAACAGGGGCUCAUGAAUAGUUUCCGGUGAUAAAUUUUACAAUGUGAUUAUAAGCAAUUUUUCACUCGACAUUUCUCAGAACUAUUUUCAUACACACUCUUAACUUGUGACUUCUGCGUUUCGUAUUUCAGAGAAUGAAAGAAGAAGAUCCAGAGGUUAUCAAGAAGCGAAGGGAGAGAAAUAAGAUCGCUGCGACGAAGUGCCGAAAGAGAAAGAGAGAACGCAUCGAAAUAUUGGAAAGGGUAAAAACCCCUUGUUAUUGCCUCAACAGACGUUAGGGUAUUUUCAAAGAAAGUUUAAUAAUUGAAUAUUCAUUUGAUAUCCUUUGGAUCUUUUCAUUCUGCUGGAUUUAUUUUAAGAAAAGAAUUUCUUCAUCUUAGCUGUGAAAGGGACUUGCAACUUUUUCAAUGUAGCGAUCGAUUGGAAAAAAAAAUUGGUAUAAAAGAACGGCCUGAAAAUAGAAACUCACGUUUUAAAACCAUCCGGCUUGAACUUGAAUUUAUUUCCUAUUUCUUGCUUAUCCACUUAGAACACAACAACAGUUUGUGGAGUUAUUCGAAACUAGGAACAAAUUUAAUUUUAAAAAAAAUUCUGUGAGCACUUGGUAGUUGUGAGCUACUGUUUAUUAAAAUCCUCACUCGUUAUUUGAUUUGAAAAACUUAACACUUUUUCUCGCACAACAAAACUGUACGACAGGUCAUCUAACUCUCUUUAAAAGAGCGCUAAUAUUACCUAAUCACUAAAGCGUUUCGACUGCAAGGUUAUAAAUCGAUUUUUAAUAGCUAUAAUCACGCUCUAUCGUUGUUUUCUUACUGUAAACUACCAGAGUAAGUGAAGUGUUUUGUUUAGAUUUUCAGAGAAAUUAUAUUACAUCAGAAAUCCGUGCAGCAUGAUUUUUUUGUUGGAGUUGAGAUAUUUUUCGUCAAUGAUUAUCUUUAGUUUUGUUCCCAGCUUUUUGUAUCAAAUCAAAUCAAAGAGGUCUGAUUAUCAUUGAGUGGUAAAAAGUUAUUUGGUAUUAAUGUUUUUCUUCUUCGUUUCUAGAAAACAAAUAGACUUGAGGAAACAAGGAGGAAGAAAUUAGAAGAAAAGGAGGAACUGUUGGCUGAGCUGCAUGAAUUGUCCACAUCACUGAAUAAUCACUGGUGCAAACUUGCGCCGUCACAGAAUGUUGCGCUUUUGAAUUCGCUCCGACAAAAAUACGGAAACUUCAAUGUAAGUUAGUUUCCUCUGAUCUUCGUCCGGCGCAGCAAGACUCUUGCAAGAACUGAAAGUAGAACACAGUUUGUGGCCAUAUGCAACAAACAUGACAUUAUUUUGAAACUUACAUUAAGCUUUUAACAUGCUUAACAAUUCAUCUCUUAAAGGUGAACUCACUUUCUUCGAAUUUCCGAAGAUGUCCUAAAUUGUAAUGAUUAAUUGACUAAAUUCCCUAUGCGGUAUUUUUAUUAUCGUUAUGGAUUUCUUGUGCUAGACUUCCUGUGAAAAAUAAACUGGCCCAUGGUAGAUUCCCC